AAGAGGUUGAGGCAGCUGAUGUGACUACCAAUGGGGAACGCAAGUUGCAACCACUGCGCUAGAUGAGAGCGCAGGCAGGACAUCCGAACUUAUCAACUUGCCUUGACAAGGAAACAGAAUACAUGGAACAGGAGGAAGGAAGGAACGACACAAACUGUCUUUUAGCUUGCUACACCAACAUGACAUAAGCAACAAAUGCACCUUUGUGGUGAAUUGUGCUACCUAGUUAGCUAGCUGGCUAACUAAUUCAUUGCCACAUUACAAGCUAGCUAGGCUAGCCAGAUUCGUUUACGACCAUUAACGCGCACACGGCAGCUAGCUUAUGUUACUGUCUGAAAAGGCUGGGACGUCAACAUCACACGGGAAAACGUGCGGUGUUUACUAACAUUUCGCUCGCUCAGUUACGAAUUUUGUUGUUAAUAACUAGAUGAAUUAGCUAGCUAGCUACAUACCAGACGAUAGCUAGUCCUGACAGCUAUCGUUAGCUAGCUACGUAUUCCAUGGCAUCAGUUUUGUUUGUAAACGUUCGCCUGGUUACAUACUGUUGAUUGUGACCGUGCCAAAGAAAUAUAUGUAUUAUUGAGAGAAUCAUGGCUAAAAUAGAGAAUGGUCGCCAGUCGGCCGACUCGAGAAGUAUCAGGACCAUUAGUAGCAGUCAUAUGGACGACGAGAGCUCCCUUGGCUCAGACUCCGAGAUGAACGGCUUUACCAACGACAGGCACACUGAUAAAUAUGGAUUUAUUGGAGGGGCGCAACAGUAUUCAGAAGAAUCGGCUCAGGAUGUCCCUCCAGAGGUGCUGAGGCAGCGAGAGGUCAAGUGGCUAGACAUGCUGAGCAACUGGGACAAAUGGAUGGUCAAGAGACACAAAAAGGUGAGACUGCGGUGCCAGAAAGGAAUCCCUCCCUCACUGCGAGGCCGUGCUUGGCUCUACCUGUCAGGAGGAAAAGUGAAGAGGGAACAGAACCGGGGGAAGUUCGAGGAGCUGGACAGUCAGGCUGGAGACCCAAAAGAGCUGGAUGUGAUUGAGAAAGACCUGCACAGACAGUUCCCCUUCCAUGAGAUGUUUGUAUCACGAGGGGGCCACGGACAGAAGGACCUGUUCCGUGUUCUGAAGGCCUACACGCUGUACAGGCCAGAGGAGGGCUACUGUCAAGCCCAGGCCCCCAUUGCUGCUGUGCUGCUCAUGCACAUGCCUGCUGAGGAUGCAUUCUGGGGACUGGUCCAAAUUUGUGAGAAGUACCUCCCUGGAUACUACAGUGCAGGGCUGGAGGCCAUCCAGUUAGAUGGAGAGAUCCUGUAUGCUUUGACGCGGCGUGUCUCCCCCAUAACCUACCGCCACCUGGAGAAACAUAAAAUAGAGCCCAUUCUCUACAUGACAGAGUGGUUCAUGUGUGCCUUCUCCCGCACCCUGCCCUGGGCCUCAGUUCUCCGUGUCUGGGACAUGUUCCUCUGUGACGGUGUGAAGAUAAUUUUCCGGGUGGGCCUAGUGCUGCUGAAGUGCAUGCUGGGUACCCGUGAGAAGCUGAAUGCGUGUCAGGGCCAGUAUGAGACCAUGGAGCUGCUGAGGGCCAUAGAGCCACGCUACAUGCAGGAGGGAUUCCUCGUCCGGGAGGUUCUGGAUGUGCCCAUCUCAGAGCGGGACGUUGAGAGCGAGCACCAUGUUCAGCUGAAGCGCUGGAGGAAGAACCGCGGUGAGCUGCACUGGAAGUCUCCUCCCAGAAUGCACGGUGCCAGGGCUAUCAUGGCUUCGGAGCCUCCCAGUCGCCAGGAGCUUCGUCAGAACCCCACCAUCAUCGUCGAGUCGCCCCUGCCUGCCCCUCAGCUGCAGAAGAGAGAGAAGAAGGGCAAAGAGGAGAAGAAGAGCAUUAAGAAAACCCCUCCUCCUGUCACAGAGAUCCCCAACCCUUAUAAUUUACCUGGUGACCCUAAGCUUCCACUCAGAGAUCCUCAGCUUCCACUCAGAGAUCCUCAGCUUCCACUCAGAGAUCCUCUGCUUCCACUCAGAGAUCCUCUGCCUCAGCUUCCACUCAGAGAUCCUCAGCCUACUCUGAGAGACUCACCAGCACAGAAGCCCCUCGUCAAUGACACACCUCUCCCAAACACACUUAAAGACUCUCACCUACCCCACCAACCAGCCCUUAAUGACCAACCAGCCCUCAACGACCAACCAGUCUUUAACGACCAGUCUCUUCUCAAAGAGUCGCCCCUCCAGAUGUCCAGACAGAGCCUGAGUAGCACAGAGGCAGAUCAUCAGGACACAUACCUGUAGCUCUCGCUGUGGGCAGAAGGUGGAACUGCAUGUGUGAAACUGGGCCUGAUGGUGAGUGAGAGAAGAACUGGAACAACCCCUGUUUUAUCCUGGACAGUUCUCAUUCACUCGCUCACUCACUCUCAGGCCCUCUGCAUGCCAACCAAGCCCUCUGUCUCUUUAUCAGGCACUAGCACAGCUCAGCCAUAUACCAGCAACUGGGUGUACCAUGGCUAAUGUCACUGCAGCCCAACUAUGGGCGACAAUUGUAUAUUUUUCAUAUGAUUUUUAUUCUGCCUGCUUUUAAGACACCGUAUUGCCUAGAGCAAGCACACAGUCAGCAGCAUACACUAAUGCAUCACUGCCAAGUGGUAUAAUACUUUCAUCCUUAUGUUACCUCUUCAUGCUUCUUCACUCUGACUGUUACUGAUGUGCAAGGGAGAUAGUGUUCUUUGUGCAAGGGAGAUAGUGUUCUUUGUGCAAGGGAGAUAGUGUUCUUUGUGCAAGGGAGAUGGUGUUCUUUGUGCAAGGGAGAUGGUGUUCUUUGUGCAAGGGAGAUGGUGUUCUUUGUGCAAGGGAGAUGGUGUUCUUUGUGCAAGGGAGAUGGUGUUCUUUGUGCAAGGGAGAUGGUGUUCUUUGUGCAAGGGAGAUGGUGUUCUUUGUGCAAGGGAGAUGGUGUUCUUUGUGCAAGGGAGAUGGUGUUCUUUGUGCAAGGGAGAUGGUGUUCUUUGUGCAAGGGAGAUAUGCUAUUGAUUUAUUGGUUGUGUAGUUGUAUACAUAAAACAAUCAUCACCUAAUAGACUAUCUGAUUCUAGGGUUUCACAAGAGACUUGAUUAAAUCAAACUGCCUUCAUUCGCACAAAAUGGGAGUGUUUAAAAAUAUAUAUAUAUAUUCAUUCAAAGCUCCCAACCACCUGUGGUUUGUAGGUAAUAGAAAUUGGAAAUAUUAACUUUUUUUGAACUAAGCUAUACUACUAUUGAUACUUUUUAAAUUUAAUGUAAACACUUGCCAUUUCAUUUUGAUUAAUGCUUAAGAAAGAGCUGGGUAAAUAUUGUUUCAAGUCAGGUUGGUUGAGUCAAAUUCCCAGUUGGCCUUAUCUAUAAGUAAAGAGCUUCCAUCCUUCACCACCAGAGAGCAGUCUUGGUGUGUUUUCCUGUAUAUUCUGUUAUCCCAGCUGCUAACUUCCCCUUCCUAAAAAGGAACUCCGAGCACUCUUGUCUCGAAUUUACACUCAUUACAUGUCAAUUCCAUACUUUCAAAGGAACUUGCAAGCUUGUUUUACUAUACAGUAAAAGGUGACAUAUGACAUGUGCCUUGUACAACUUGUGUAUAAAUCUUCGACCCCUGUGGCUAUCUAUUGUCCCUGCCAGGUGGUAAUGGACCUGAUGUCUGGAGACCAGACACAAAGCCUCACUGUGCCAGGCAAUUCCAGUUACUAUGUAGCAUUUAACUCAUGUAAGGUAUGCAAGAAGGAGAGAGGACUGGACAUUCCUCACAAUGAUUUGACACAUUCCUGCCCUUGGGUUUCUUAAAAGCCUAUAUGUCUUGCAUGCUACAUGUACAGUAUUCAUGCAUGUUCAUAUUUCAUAGCAGUUAGCUGGAUUGUUCCACCAAUUCGGUGCCUUUUGAAAGUGUAACUUGGUCAACCUAAUUUGAUUUCACCUCAUUUUAACAUUGUCAUUAAAAGCACUUUUCUUUUUCUUUUUUCACUUUACCCUUUCGAGGUUAAAUAAUAAUAAUAAUAAAAAGACUAAGUGCCAAAUAAAGUAAUAGGGUUGACUAUAACAAGGUUGGUGAUUUAAUCUUAAAUACCCUUGUGAAUCUUCAAAAUGACUUUGUCAAAGCAACAAAAUUACUUUACAAUGAUGGUGAAAAUGUUAGGGUUAAGUGGGUUAAAAAUCUUCCUAGAAGUCAGACGGUGCAUGGAGGAGCAUGUCAAAAUGCUGAAUUUAUUUAAUUAUCUAUGUGGUCUUUAUUAAAGGGCACUUCAUUUAAUAUAACACACUGUUAAAAUUCAAUAUUGGUGCACAAUUUCUACUUAAAAUAUCAAUGGGACGCAAAAGGCACUCUUUGUGGAACGGCCCGGCUGUAUAGAGCUAACCUCUGCUCCUCUGCACAGGUGCUGGGUGAUGUGGACCUUGCAGGCUAGAUACUUUUGUAUAUAUAGUGUUUGUGGACGUGUGUGGAUUCGGACAUUUCAACCACAUCCGUUGCUGACAGGUGUAUAAAAUUGAGCACACCGCCAUGCAAUCUCCAAAGACAUACAUUGGCAGCAGAAUGGCCUUACUGAAGAGCUCAGUGACUUUCAAUAUGGUGCCGUCAUGGGAUGCCACCUUUCCAACAAGUCAGUUGGUCAAAUUUCUGCCCUGCUAGAGCUGCCCUGGUCAACUGUAAGUGCUGUUAUUGUGAAGUGGAAAUGUCAAGGAGCAACAACGGCUCAGCCAUGAAGUGGUAGGCCACACAAGCUCACAGGACGGGACUGCUAAAGCACGUAGCGCGGAAAAAUCGUCUGUCCUCGGUUGCAACACUCAAUACUGAGUUCCAAACUACCUUUGGAAGCAACGUCAGCACAAGAAUGAUUCGUCAGGAGCUUCAUGAAAUGGUUUUCCAUGGCCGAGCAGCCGCACACAAGUCUAAGAUCACCAUUCUCAAUGCCAAGCUUCUCCUGGAGUGGUGUUAAGCUCACCGCCAUUAGACUCUGGAGCAGUGGAAACGCAUUCUCUGGAGGGAUGAAUCACGCUUCACCAUCUGGCAGUCCAACAGACGAAUCUGGGUUUGGCGGAUGCCAGGAGAACGCUACCUACCCCAAUGCAUAGUGCCAACUGUAAAGUUUGGUGGAGGAGGAAUAAUGGUCUGGUGCUGUUUUUCAUGAUUGGGACUAGGCCCCUUAGUUCCAGUGAAGGGAAAUCUUAACGGAACAUUCUAGACAAUUCUUUGCUUCCAACUUUGUGGCAACAGUUUGGGGAAGGCUUCCUGUUUCAGAAUGGCAGUGCCCCAUGCGCAAAGUGAGGUCCAUACAAAAAUGGUUUGUCGAGAUCGGUGUGGAAGAACUUGACUGACCUGUACAGAGCUCUGACCUCAACCCCAUCGAACACCUUUGAGACUAAUUGGAACACCGACUGCGAGCCAGGUCUAAUCGCCCAACAUCAGUGCCCGACCUCACUUAUGCUCUUGUGGCAGAAUGGAAGCAAGUCCGUGCAGCAAUGUUCCAACAUCUAGUGGAAAGCCUUCCCAGAAGAGUGGAGGAUGUUAUAGCAGCAAAGGGGGGACCAACUCCAUAUUCAUGCCUGUGAUUUUGUAAUGAAAUGUUCGACAAUCAGGUGUCCACAUACUUUUGGUCAUGUAGUGUGGCUCUGUAAAGACAUGGAUCAGCUUAUUGCUACGCUGAGUGACAGGUCCAGAUAUAUGGUGAUCAAACCAAAUAACAAUGUGAUAAGGAUCAUCGGAUUGAUCCAUUGCCUGUUACUAUGGAUGCUUGUUGCAUACCGGCGAAGGGAUUACUUUUGGGAUAUCUUGGAGUUUUCAUAUUUUGGGAUAAUGUUGAAGCCUUUCCAAUUAAAAAUGUUAUAUUCAUUUGGGAAAAUCAUGAGGCCUGUUGGGAUAAAGAUCAAGCCUUUGCUUUGGGAAAAUAAUGGACAGUCUGUUGACCAAAGCCUUUUUGGUGAUUCAAGUUUAGAGGCAAGGUUUGCAGUCAGAUGUGUCAAAGGUUUUUAACUAUUAUGUUGUAGGCACUAUAGGAAAUUAUUCAGUAGAGAUUAAGACGUAAUCGAUGCACAACACUUAUUAUUGCUACAAUAUAUCAUUCUACUGAAUGCUGCAUGUUUGUUGUACAGGUCACCUCUAAGACCUCACUAAAAAGCAAUAAAAGGUGAAUGGAGGUCAAGUAAACAAAAACAUAUUUGAUUUUUUAUUUAACCUGGCAAGACCGUUAAGAACAAAUUCUUAUUUACAAUGACGGCUUAACCCGGACGACGCUGGGCCAAUUGUGCGCUGCCAUAUGGGACUCCCAAUCUUGGCCGGUUGUGAUACAGCCUGGAUUCGAGCCAGGGUCAGUAGUGAUGCAGUGCUUAGAACACUGCGCCACUCGGGAGCCACACAGCCUUUCUCCACCCAAGUGUAUAGUGACCUGUAUCACAUAUUUCCCAUUUUGCAGCUAUUAUAGUUUAAUUUAAUGCUUAAAAUGUGUAUAUAAGACUCAUUUGUAAAAUGUAAUUUUGUAUAGAAACAUUAUUUUUUUUGUGUGUACACAUCCAUAUUUGAUGAUCAUAAUCCACCAUUUGCCAUAAAUCAUGGUAGAAACUGAAUCUAUAUUUUAGCUAGAUAAUUUUGACACUAACUUUACAGUUUAAAAAGCAAACAUAUGCAAUGCUUUCUUCCCUAGAAAUAUUCAUGUUUUCUCAGCACAAUGGUUUUAAUUUGGUUUAUUCAGAGAGGCUAUAUACAUUGCGUGCAAAAGGCAUGAGGAGGUAGGCGAAUAAUUACAAUUUAGCAGAUUAACACGAGUGAUAAAUGAUCAGAUGUUCAUGUGCAGGUAGAGGUACUGGUGUGCAAAAGAGCAGAAAAGUAAAUACAUUUUUAAAAGUAUGGGGAUUAGGUAAAUUGGGUGGGCUAUUUACCGAUGGACUAUGUACAGCUGCAGCGAUCGGUUAGCUGCUCAGAUAGCAGAUGUUUAAAGUUAUCAACAAAUAUGUAUUUAUCUCAAAGUUGUUUCAUAUUGUCAUUUUUGUUUUUACAAAUAAAAUCACUUUGAUCAACAACA